UUAUCUGGGUCAUUCAAACAAAAUGGCGUCGGCCAUAACAAUCCCUCGUCGUCUUCCUUUGCUUCUUGUGGCUGACAAUGUCCUCCUUCCCGGGUCAUCCAUGCGUAUUCCAGUCAAGAGUAUGCGGAACAUGAACAUGGUGAAAGGGCGCCUGUUGAGCAGAAACACUCUAAGUAGUACAAUCAUAGGUGUCAUACCGAGAGAUCCUUCUGAUGAACAGGGAGACGAUCUGUCCUCCAUCCAUCACAUCGGUACCGCUGCAGUGGUUGUUCAGGUCACGGGCACCAAUUGGCCAAAGCCAGCUUACACCCUGCUGGUCACCGGGCUGUGUCGCUUCAAACUCCAGGAACUUCUGCAGGAGGCUCCGUAUCCGGUGGCAACAGUCAAUCAACUUGACAAACUCCCUGGGCUCAUUGAUGAUAAUAUAAACAUGAAGAACAUGGGAGAGCUAGAUGUGUUGGCCGAGAAUUUCCGGGAGCAGGCAAGCAAGCUUGUAGACAUGCUUGACAUCUCUAUCCCUGUUGUGGCUAAGCUCAAGAAAAUGCUGGAGAAGUUACCAGACCAACACCUCCCUGACAUUUGUGCAGCCAUUGUCAAGGCCUCAUACUCUGAGAAGAUUCAGGUUUUGGAUGCUAUUGACUUGACUGAAAGGUUCAAGAAAGCACUGCCUCUGCUCAUGAGGCAAAUUGAGGGUUUAAAACUUCUACAAAAAACAAGGAAAGACAAAUUUGAAAUCAUCACGAAAAAAGAGGGCAGUAAUCGUCCUGGUAACAUGAAGCGUAUGUUUGGGAAGAUCAGUUCCGAUCUAGAGGAGGAUGAGGAUGGCGAUAUUGACGAGUUGAUGGACCUUGAACAGAAGAUCAAGGCUGCUGAUAUGCCAGAGCAUGCCUUAAAGGCAGCGAUGAAGGAGUUUAAAAGAAUGAAGAAAAUGCCUCAACAGAUGCCAGAGCAUGCAAUGAUCAGGAACUAUCUUGACUUAAUGGUAGAACUACCCUGGUCCAAACACAGCAAGGACGCCCUUGACAUUGCCCAAGCCCGGAAAGACAUGGACGAAGACCACUAUGGCAUGGAGAAACCUAAAAAGAGAGUAUUGGAGUAUCUGGCAGUGCGCCAGCUUAAACAGACCCUCCGGGGGCCAAUACUAUGCUUUAUAGGGCCCCCAGGAGUUGGGAAGACAAGUAUUGGCAAAUCUAUAGCUCACACUUUAGGCAGAGAAUUUUACAGAAUUUCACUGGGAGGUGUUUGUGAUCAGUCAGAUAUCCGUGGACACCGACGCACAUACAUUGGCUCAAUGCCAGGAAGGAUACUACAGGGAUUGAAAUUGGUCGGGACAAAUAAUCCAGUAUUUCUGUUGGAUGAAGUUGAUAAACUUGGGAAGUCACUCCAUGGUGAUCCCGCCGCAGCCCUACUAGAGGUUCUGGACCCUGCACAGAAUGAUUCAUUUACUGACCACUACCUGAAUGUACCGUUUGACCUGUCCCAGGUGUUGUUUAUUGCCACAGCCAACAACAUGGCUACUAUUCCUCCAGCCCUACUGGACAGGAUGGAGCUGAUCCAGAUUCCCGGAUACACCCAGGAGGAGAAAGUCAACAUUGCUGACCGCCACCUCAUACCCAAACAGCUGAAGGAGCACGGACUGACCGCCGAACAGAUCCAGAUACCCACAGAUACUGUACAGCUCAUUGCUUCUAAAUACACUCGGGAGGCUGGUGUGAGGAACCUGGAGCGUAAGAUAGGGGGCGUGUGCCGUGCUGUGGCGGUCAGGGUAGCCGAGGCCUCACCAAAAUCCAAGGGAGAUAAGCCUGCACCUGAGGUGGACAAGAAGCAGAUAGAUAAUGAAAGCGUGUCGGAGUCGAUGUCUCAGGAAGCCUCCACUCUGGCACACCCUCCAGAGAUGCCCUUUGUAAUAGAUGAGGUUGCACUGGAGGACAUACUGGGGCCCCCUCAGUUUGAAAGUGAGGUUUCCCAGCGACUGAGCCAGCCAGGCGUGGCGGUUGGUAUGGCCUGGACACCAAUGGGUGGGGAAAUUCUGUUCGUGGAGGCUACCCGUAUGGACGGGGAAGGUAAACUCAUACUUACGGGUCAGCUGGGCGAUGUCAUGAAGGAGUCUGCCAACCUCGCCCUCAACUGGGUUAGGAGCAAUGCUCACAAGCUCGGCUUGAGUGGGAUUCUGAGCAAUGCCAGUAAGAAAGACACACACAUUCACUUCCCUGCAGGAGCGGUUGGGAAGGACGGCCCCUCCGCUGGAGUUACCGUCGUAACCGUCUUGGUUUCCCUGCUUAGCAAGCAGUGUGUGAGGUCAGACACUGCCAUGACAGGGGAGAUCACUCUAAGAGGCCUUGUACUGCCAGUUGGAGGUAUUAAAGAGAAGGUACUGGCUGCUCACAGAGCAGGACUCCGCAGAAUCAUUCUCCCCAAACGUAACGAGAAGGACCUGCUGGAGAUUCCUAAUAAUGUCAGGAACGACCUGGCCAUAGUUUUGGUGACUCGUUUGGAGGAUGUGUUGAAUGCAGCCUUUGAUGAUGGCUUUCCUUCAGUGGUCAGUGAGCACUCGGUGCCAAGCAAGUUAUAACCCCGCCAGGGCUGACCGGGGGUCAAUGAUUCUAGUGGUGCCAAAAACUGAUGUCAGGCUAAUGUUGUUAACAGAAUAUUAUGUUUCUACCUAUGACGACAGACUUAUGAUGUAAACAGAAUAUUGUGUUUCUACCUAUGAGGACAGACUAAUGAUGUAAACAGAAUAUUGUGUUUCUACCUAUGACGACAGACUUAUGUUGUUAACAGAAUAUUAUGUUUCUACCUAUGACGACAGACUUAUGAUGUAAACAGAAUAUUGUGUUUCUACCUAUGACGACAGACUUCUGAUGUAAACAGAAUAUUAUGUUUCUACCAUUGACGACAGACUUAUGAUGUAAACAGAAUAUUGUGUUUCGUCUUAUUCCCAAUGAAGUGAUAUUUAUGUGAUAAUUCUGGUGUGGUUGAAUUUUGACAUGUAUCCCCUUGUCAAGUAUUCACCUAGUACAAGUGUACUUGAAACAAGGGUUGGUCACAGGCACCAAAUGUAAUAGGAGCAGAAAAAUGCACGGGAUUCGAACAAGGGACCCUCCGACCCAGUCCAGUUACAGAUAAAAGUUACUUUGAUGUGUAAGCCAUGAUUUUGCUUCCAGAGUGUUUAACAAGAAUGCACAUCAAAAAUUUAUUCUGAUUGCGAGAUAGACUUUGUAAUGGACUCUAGGACAGGUAUUUGCGAUAUAAUUGAUAUUUGUUUGGGGGUUGUGUGAUUGUUACUACCACAGAAGUGCUUUCAUUUUAUUAAUUUGCUAUCAUACAGGCACAGGUGUUAAUUAAUCAUAUUUUAAAUACUGUCAUUUGUUAUAACUUGAUCCAUUUUAAUUAUUUUCAUAAAUGUAUGUACAUAUUAAAAUGUAAUCUUGUCACUUUCAUCUAGCUGCCAUUUGUCAUACUAUUGAAGUGGGAAUUUUAACGUUUCAAAGACUCUUCAAAGGAUAAAUGGUUGGGAAACUUCCAUUUUAGCAUAUUGUGAUGGUUUUCAAGCAUGUGAUUUUUUUCGAAAAAUGUCCACUUUACAGUAAUGACUCUGUUAGCAUUAAAUGGUGGCUGCUUCUUAUGAAAGGCUGUUGGUGUCCAAAAAAAAGAUAAAGAGACAUGAUCACAUUAAAAUGUGUUCAUUACUUAACCUUUCAUCACUGUAGACCAUAAUGGACUCAUCCAUAUCAACUCAUGGUAGAGUCUUCUAAAGUUAAAUAGGGUGAAAGGGUUAAGUGCUAACAUUUCAAAGAAGUACCAUGAUACUGUUUUAUGAGGAGAAACCUCUUUUGUCAUUGGUACCGCUCAGUUUCAGAAGCCAGUAUUUUGAACAUUUAUAUAAUCAGAUAUGUGCAGCAAACCAUCAUAGUAUCAUGUUAGUAAUCAUUUUAUCAAAUUUAAAUUAUCCCAUUAAAUUGAGUUAAGAUAACAUUAAACGACAAGGUAAUAUGUUUAAGCGCAAUACUGUGAUUUGGUUUCAUUUCUAUUCAAGUGGAUUUAUUGCCAACAGGACUGUACAGAAAUAUGUGUUGAUAAGUAUAAUUAGGUCUUGAUGGGGUGUAUGGUUUAACCUGAGUACAGCAUUCGUGAUCUUUCAACUGAUAAUUUGUCUUCUAGAAAUUUUUGUCUCCUAAAUUGAUAUAUGUUAUAUUCAAAGUAUGAUCUUGGCCUAUUUGUUCUGAUUGACUCCAUACAAAAUUUUGACAUUUAAAAAGAAAUGUAUUUGUUUUGGGGGUAACUUCUUUUUUUAACACGUAAAUCAUAAUUAUACAGUACAGAUAAAAGUAAUUCUGUAUAAUGUAAAAACCAUUGUUUGACAGAUACUUUAAACAAUAGGGUUGACUGUAUCAAAAUGAAAUUGUAAAAUUCUCAAUCAAUGUUUAUUGUUUUACAAGAUGAAAUGUAAUCAAAAUCCCAGGAUGUAAUAAAAUUAAAAAUAACGAAUCUCUGUUUCUCUUUUUCAAAUCAUCAAAAGUGUCCGACAACUGCGACUCGGAUUCGAUUGGGUCAAUUUUAGCAUUGUCCAUGUCACUGUAAUGUACGUUAUACAUAGUAUGGAUAGUCUACCACUGGUACUGCCAGAGAAGCACAAGAUUCGUACUCGUAUGUCAGAACAUCACAUUAACCUGGGCAUAUCGCAUAUACUGUCAUGUACAAUUACAAAUUUUGCAUUC